UAAGCGAGAGUAACUCAUCUGACGUAUAAAAGAUUAAUAAAUACAGGAGAUACCAGUAUCCAAUAACAUAACAUAUGAAAAUAUUUUUCGCCCAUUACCUACUGCGAUUCUUGAAUAUUUCACUAAAACUGUUAACCAAUAACAAUGUGAAAUGUUUCCCUAUAGCCAAUCAAACGUGCGUCAUGAUACUGGUCACAGUGACAGUCAUCUAGUGACAGACCGCCAUAUGUCACGGAGGAGCGUGAUUUCUGUCCAAGGAGUCUUAUGUAUCACUGUGUUACUCAGUGAAUCUUUUGCGUGAACGUAGCUGGGCCCGCAAAAAGAAUUCUUGUGUUUUCUGAUUGCUGCCUCGCUGCCGAACAUGGCGACCAGCGCUAAGAAGCCCUCCCUAGGAGCCAUGGCACCCCGGAAGAAGGCUGCUCUGAAGGCGGAGCUGACGGAGGAGCUGAAGCAGGAGAUCAGGGAAGCCUUUGAGCUGUUCGACACCGAGGGCUCAGGACAUAUCGAUGUCAAGGAACUGAAGGUGGCCAUGAGAGCAUUGGGAUUUGAGCCAAAAAAAGAGGAGAUAAAGCGGAUGGUCAGUGAGGUCGAUAAGGAUGGCACAGGGAAAAUUGACUUCAAUGAUUUCCUGACAGUCAUGACACAGAAAAUGGCGGAGAAAGACUCCAAAGAGGAAAUCCUGAAAGCGUUCCGUCUGUUUGACGACGACGAGACAGGGAAGAUAUCUUUCCGUAACCUGAAGAGGGUGGCCAAGGAGCUGGGGGAGAACCUCACAGAUGAGGAGCUGCAGGAGAUGAUUGAAGAAGCUGACCGGGAUGGCGAUGGAGAGGUGAACCAGCAAGAGUUUCUGCGCAUAAUGAAGAAGACAAGCUUGUACUGAGGGCAGUCAGCCCCAGGAAGGGCCAGUAUCCCCAGAUGGGCGUGCUGACCUGCUCCCUUCUGGGGGACACAGUUACCUUCUGGUACAUUAACACUGCUUUGUGGGGACCCACCAUCUCCUGGGGAGCCAGAGUUACCAUUUGGAACAAGAACAAAGCAAGGGGAGGGGGGGGGAGGCAAUUCAGAACACAAGCUGAGCUUUAACCCAGCAAAGAAUGUUUGUUGAGGUACCUACAUGACUUUGGACCAAGUUCACUUUGGAAUGUUUUUGCCAGGCUGAACUGGUUUUUUAAAAGUGUGAUUUUCAGAGGUCAUGUGAGCUUUAGCCAUAGUAUACCUGUAUCUUUCUAUAUAGUAAAUGUGUAUUACAAGGGGUAAGAGAGUUCCACAAGAUAGACAACUAAUGUGCCAAAAACUGUAAUCACUAUUAAACAGCCCCCAAAGCAUGGUCUUUCUAAGUCUGUUUUCUAUUGGAGAUGUACCUCCAAUGGGGCUGUGUUUUCAAAGUUACAUCCACAGUGCCUAUGUAUAUUACAAUCUGUCACAGGACUACAAGAACAGGGCUGUUGGGAUUUUGAAUCUGCCCUCUAACUGGAAACCUUAUAUGCCUAGAUCCUUUGCCAGGUAAAGUACAAUUGUAGUAUUAUUUAGUACCCAAAGCAUCAGGCUCACCCUUUCAUACGUUUUUGUGAGGUAUUAUUGAUUUAAAAUACAACUGAAAUCGAAUCCUUGCUUUGAGUCACCUUCAGCCAGUAUUGCUGUGAAUAUAUUUAUGCCUGCUUGUAUACGCUGUGACCUCUCCUUUGUACCACAGCCUCUGUAGAGAAACAAAUUAGGUCAGUUCUUCCAUUGCCCUGCUAGCGCCCCCCGGUGGCUAUUGGCUGUAUCUGAAGUGAUCCUGUUGCUGGUUUCUUUGUUACUCCUGCUACAUUUUUGUCAUUGUAUAGUUUUUGCUCCAUGUUGUGUAUUGAUGGAUGUUUUGUACAGAUGCACUGCAUAUUCUAUUUAUCAAAGAAAUCAUUAAAAGAUUUAACUCUUA